GCAGCUACCUCUGCAUUGGAGCCACACUUAAAGCAUCCAGCAAACCGGAAGCGGAGCUGACCUGGAAACCUCUCCUGGACUGGCAGGGGGGACCUCUUAGCAGCAGAGGAAAUGGCCAUCUUCAGGCAGCUGUCCCUGGGUGUGAAGGCCGCCCUGGCAGCCAGCACUGUCUUCGUUUCCAUGAUCAUCUCCCGCUCCUAUCUCGCAGAGAGUCUCGAACUCAGGGCCUGGCGUUGGCUGUUCCGCCUGCAGCUGGCCCUGUUCACCAACUCGCUCAUGCUCAUUGGCUCUCUGUACAUCUGGCGGGGCACAGUGGGCAACCUCAGCCAUACCCCAGCUGCAGAGUCCUUGUACUUUCAACUUUGGAAGAUGGCUGUCGUGGCCUUUCUGGUUCUGGCCCAUUCCAGUUUCUUCACCUCGCUCUUUCUGGUGGCUGAGGAGCCCUAUCUCUUUUCCUUGGUAGCCUAUUCGUGUCUUGGGGCAUACAUCAUCAUGGUCUUCUUCCUCUGUACCCUCAGUGGCAUGGAGCAGGCCUACCAGCUCCUGGCUUGGCGCAGCACUAAGGUCAUGGGCAGCCUGGACAAGAGCAGGAAACUGAUCCUCAGGCCAGCCCUGGCAGUGGCGGUGACCGCCAUACUGAGCGUGGCUGGGCUUUUGAAUGCGGCCCAGCCCCCUGCUGUGAAGACGGUGGCAUUACCUGUUCACCAGUUGCCCCCCUCAAUGGACCACCUCAAGAUCGUGCUCCUCUCCGACAUUCACUUGGGCCCCACGGUGGGCAGGACCAAGAUGGAGAUGUUUGUGAGGAUGGUGAAUGGGCUGCAACCGGAUGUCACGGUGAUUGUGGGAGAUCUCUGCGAUUCAGAAGCCUCCAUCCUCCAGACUGCGGUCACUCCUUUGAGCCGGCUUCGUUCCCGCCUGGGCACCUACUUUGUCACGGGCAAUCACGAGUACUACACAUCAGAUGUCAGUAACUGGUUUGCACUGCUGGAAUCCCUAAAGGUCCAGCCCCUCCACAACGAAAACGUGAAGAUUUCUGCCAGCCGGGCCCAACGUGGCAGUGAUGGUGAUGGUGGCAUUGGCAGUGAGGAUCGCGACUGGAUCUGCUUGGCAGGGGUGGACGACAUCGAAGCGGACCUCCUGCGCUACUCUGGCCAUGGCAUGGAUCUGGAGAAGGCCCUGGCUGGCUGCAGUGCCGACCACACGACUAUCCUGCUGGCCCACCAGCCUCUGGCUGCCAAGAGAGCGCUCCAGGCUCGGCCUGAUAUCAACCUGAUUCUCUCUGGGCACACGCAUGCUGGGCAGAUCUUCCCCUUGAAUGUGGCAGCUUAUCUCCUGAACCCCUUUUUUGCUGGACUCUAUCAAGUGGCACAGACCACCUUUGUCUAUGUCAGCCCAGGCACGGCCUAUUAUGGGAUCCCCAUGAGACUGGGGAGCAGGGCGGAGAUCACAGAGCUGAUCUUGCAGCGGGCGGCCUGAACUCACCCCACUGCCCUGUCCACCUCUUCCCGGCCCCUGCUGCUCUUCACCCUCCCUGUCUUCACCUGCUUCCAGGUUUCUCCAAAGACCUUCCAAUACAUGCCUGUCAUAUGCCUUUGGGAAUGAUGACUGGGAUGGGCUUCAACUAUAAAAA